AUGCCCGCUUCGACCAGGAGUUUGGAAGGGGUUGAACAAAGUCUCGCCAUGCUUUCAGCAUUUCGAUCCCCACUUCUCAAUACCCGGGGGGGGGGGGGGAUGCAAGUAGACUCGGAGAGUGCCAUUGUCAAAUAUCUGGUCGAGCAUUUCCGGAACAACAAGGAGCUAUACUUGCAUGCUGAUGCGGACGUCGCAUCACAACUCCUUGGAAGCCAUGUGGGUUCAGAUCCUUCGGAGCUGAACUUGGAGUUCUCUCUCACUCCCGUCACGAUAGCGCGGAGUCUCGUCCCUCACGUCAAAGCGAAGAUACGGCUCCUUUUCGUAGAACGCAGCAAUGGCACCUUCAAUGACGAUGCAUUAAGUUCUGUCUGGAUCAAAGAAUGGCUACGUGCAAUUCUCUGUCGCCAAAUCCGUAGCCUCCAAUACGGCUACGUGAGCGAGUUGGAUUGGCCGCUCUGGGACCUUGCACGACACUACCAAGAUCCCGACCCAGCGCAAAUACUUGAUCUGGAUGAAGACGUUUUAACCGAAGUCGAGGCUCAAGAUCCGCUAGAGGCUGGAAAUCUGGAUAAUUUGUUCAUCACUUUAGCACAGCUGGAGGAGAAAGUUGCAACUGUCACCGUUGCUGCCACUAUUAUCAAGCGAUCAAAGGGACUCACCGCGGCAACCACAGCCUCCGAAGUGGAACGGCAAUUGCAAGAGAAAUUCCACAUGAUCAUCAGAUACGGAGACUUGAUUACCGAUGAGCCUCUUUGGCGUAGGUCGACUGGGCGCAGGGGUCAAAUUGUGGUUACGUUCGAUGGACCAUGUUCUUCUACGUCAAAGAGGGGGCGCGAAGGCAAGGAUGGGCAAACUGAGGUUGUCUCUGCUAAAGAAGACAGUUCUCGUCAGCCAAAGAAGAGGAAGGUGCACGGCGCUCAAAAUCCUUUCGAAUGUGGCGAUUGUGGACGACACUUUACUUCCCAGCGCCCCCUUAGACUCACACAGUAA